GAUCCUGACCAGCUGACAGAAAGAUGAAGUUUAGUGGUUUAAGUGUUCAGAUAAAACAUUUGUAAGUGAUGAGUGCAGUUACGCACCUUGGAUUCUGAUACUUACCCGCUAUUGAUUACUAGCUGCCUGCCAUAUGCUCUUUCGACCAUGGCAGGCGUGAAUCAUGCCCAAAUUAGCAGCAUUAGCGACGAAUCUGUGGACGGCCCAACGUCUUAUACGGAGAAUCUCAUCGGAACAUUAUUGGCUAUAUUUGGAAACCUGCUUGUCAGCAUCUCUGUCAGCAUACAGAAAUAUAGUCACGUGGCGCUAGCAGGGACCAAAGAUCCUCGGGCUUAUUAUCGCACCAAGACGUGGUGGAGCGGCCUGGUGCUGAUGUUCCUGGGGGAAGCCACACUUUUUGUGUCAUAUGCCUUCGCCCCCCUUUCUCUCAUAGCCCCUCUCAAUGCUGUGUCCAUUAUAGCAAGUUCAAUACUUGGUUUCCUGUUUUUGCGAGAGAAAUGGAAGCCUAAAGAGUUUUUGAAGCGGUACAUUUUGUCCUUCCUCGGAUGUGCCUUAGCAAUUGGUGGGACCUACCUCUUUGUGACAUUUGGACCCAACUCUCAUGAGAAGCUGAAUGCUGAGAACAUUGUGAAGCAUGUGAUUGGAUGGCCGUCCCUCCUGUAUUUGCUUCUGGAGAUUAUCACCUUCUGUUUGAUCCUUUAUUUCUACAAACAGCGUAAUGCUAACUACCUCGUCCUUAUUCUUCUCUUGGUUGCAUUGCUGGGCUCAGUGACAGUCAUCACGGUGAAGGCUGUGUCUGGUAUGAUCGUGCUUAGCGUCAACGGGCCACUCCAGCUCAGCUACCCCAUCUUCUAUGUCAUGUUUGUCUGCAUGGCAGCAACUGUAGUCUUCCAGGCUACGUUUUUGUCCCAGGCGUCACAGUUGUAUGACUCCUCCCUGGUUGCUUGUGUCAAUUACAUCUUCUCCACCACCUUUGCUAUCGGGGCAGGAGCUGUCUUUUAUAUGGAAUUCAAUCAUGAAGAUGUCCUCCAUAUAUGCAUGUUCCUGCUGGGAUGUGUAGCCUGCUUUUUGGGAGUCUUCCUCGUCACCAAAAACAAGAAGAAAGCCAAAGCGUUUGAGCCUUAUGUAACCAUGGAUAUGCUUCAAGGUGUUCCGACCAUCCAUGAUAAAGGUUGGGUGGUCCAGCCUGAUUAUAACGGUUCUUUUUCUUACGGUGCUCUUGUCAACAAUGACAGUGUGAUGCCUACAACCCUGCCCAUUGACCAAAAGCAGCUGGCAGUCACACCCGAUCCUAAUGUUAACCUAUACAAAACCACAGACUUGAAGAAGGAUUGAGAAAGAGAUUUGAAGUGGUUUGACUCUGAAUUCAACCAAUGUCCAUUCUUUCAACAACAUGUUCUGCCAGCAAGGAAUUCCAAAUGACCAGACAAGAUUUCGGAAAGAUAAAAUUCUCUCCAGCCCGAAGAUGAAGUUUCCUUGUCCAACCAAAGUGGAAUUUGCCUUUCUAGCCUUGGAAAUAUCUGUGAGAGAACAAUUUGACUAAGGAGCACUAAGUUUUGAAGAUACAGAGGCAGAUUUAACAUAUUCUAUGGUUCAUAUGAACUGCAAAACUCACUAAACAUCUUACAGCUUAAGAACUGUACUGCUCUCCUGUCAUGAUGGACAUUUCAAGAGAGUUAACGUUGAAUGAGAGUUAAUACUGAAUGAUUUUCACUCCGCUUAUGAGAUGGGGGACACAGCAAACUGAAGCUCCGUUGUAUAAUACCAAGAGAAGCAUAGAGUAAUUAUGGUAUAUACCUCAAAGAUUGCUGUCCAUGGUAAUGUCCAGCCUUAGCAUCUCUCUAAUGCUUCACAAACACUCCAGAACACUAUGUGGUCUUAUUUGGUUUUUUUAUCCUGCCUCCCUCACACUUUCUGCAACAUGUCCAGAAUCAGUAGUCUUUUGCUAUUGAAAGUCAUUGAAUGCAGUGUGGUACAGUGCCUGUCUGGGGAUGAGACUGUCUGGUGUUUGAUUUUCACUUGUGCCUAGCUGUGCUUUCCCUUUUUAAGUGCCUGUAUUAGAGUUCCAUACAGAGAAGACCUGUGUGUGUAAAGAAAUGUAACUGUCAUAGCAGAAUAGGGACACAUCGAAGUGUCAAUGGUAAUAUAAAUGUAGCAGUGUCAAUUUAAAAAGGAACAUUUUUGGGCUGGCAACUUGGGUCUUACAAAAUCAAUACAUACAAAUUUUUCCUGGCUUUGCCCUUGGUGUAUGGAUUUUGGGUACAAUACUGUUGUUGAGUUAAUUUAUAAUUAAAUUUUAAUGCUACUGAACUGUUGUCAUUGCGGUGAAUUUGAAGGGACUCCCAUUAUGGGCUGUGGUGGCAAUGUGCACAUCUGGUAAAAAUAUGCUGUUUUUUUCCUUUUUAUUCCAAUUGGGUUUGAUUUAUGAGGGACCAUUGGAGAUUUCCUCAUGUAUAAACCUAAAAUGAUUAUAGUAAUGGUGUUAACUGUCAGGUUGACCUGACUCUGCGGUGAGCGUAUGAAAGGCAGUGAUCAUGACCGUAGAUUAACUGUUGAAAAGUAAAGGGCAGCUUAACACCAGUUAAUUCAUUUUUGUUCUAAUUUAUUCAUUCUUCCUUUUGCCAAUGAUUUGUAU